UGAUCCCGCAGGUCCUGUCCAUGGACGCCAGCAAGAAGGUGGAUCUGAAGAUCAUCAUCAUCGGAGCUCUGGGCGUGGGCAAGACCUCUCUGCUGCACCAGUACGUGCACAAGACGUUCUACGAGGAUUACCGCACCACGCUGGGCGCCAGCAUCCUCACCAAGGUCCUGGCUGUGGACAGCACCCCCCUGAAGCUGCAGAUCUGGGACACAGGGGGCCAGGAGCGAUUCCGGUCCAUGGUGUCCACCUUCUACAAAGGCUCAGACGGCUGCAUGCUGGCCUUCGACGUGACAGACAGGGAGUCCUUUGAGGCCCUGGACAACUGGAGAGAUGAUUUCCUGGACAAGGUCAUUCCCAGGGAACACGAUUUCCCCAUGGUCGUGCUGGGGAACAAGAUAGACCUCAGUGACCGGCAGGUGCCCAAGGAAACAGCCUCAGCCUGGUGCAAGGAGAAGGACAUCCCGUAUUUCGAGGUCAGUGCCAAGAACAACAUCAACGUGGCCGAAGCUUUCGAGACCCUGGCGAAGCAGGCGCUGAGCACGUAUAAAGGGAUUUUUGAGAGCUAUUUGACCGACUCCAUCAAGCUCACUCCCAACGACAAGCCCAAGCAGAGCUGCUGCUGA